AUGGAUUUUCUUCACGAUCUCAAACUCGAUGAACGUAUUGAAAACUUUGAUCUUCGCUGGGUGAUCUCGGCUGGCUUUCUUCAGGCUUCCGCUUUGGCCAUUUUUUUCCAGAAGUACCCUGAUUUCCAUGCCCUACUCAGAUACGGGAAAACAGCACAACAGAAACAGGUUUCUCCAGAUACCCCACUAGCAAAGUUGGUGGAUAAGUUUGCUGCCAUUCAGGUCCCCAAGUCGUGGUUUCUGCAUUACUAUGUGUUUUUCACAGCUCUUCAAUGGGCGCAGGGCUACUAUAUCUGGCUGCAAAACGUUGCCACGACAAAGUUCACAGUCAUUUGGUCGCUCAUGACUCUUCAGGCAACACGACGGGCCAUCGAGAGCUACACUGUGACCAAAUGGAGCGAGAAGCUGAAGAUGCACAUCACCCACUACUUUAUUGGGCUCCUAUACUACCUUGGGAUUUCUUCGAACUGCUUCUUUGGACUACUCGAACAACACGAGCCUCUUCUAUUGAACUGGAAGUACUAUUUGCUUAUUGUUGUGUUUGUGGUCUUCUAUCUCGACCAAUUUUUGAACCAUCGUCAUUUGGCCUCGCUUGUCAAGUACUCCGUACCAACAUUCAACUUGUUCAGGGUAGUCUCGUGUGCCCACUAUUUUGACGAAAUCAUUAUUUACUUGACUAUUCUUCUUAUUCUGUUUCUCCAGAAGCCAUACACUGUUCCUGACUGGAAUUUUAUCGCCAGCUGGAUCUUUGUCGUGACCAAUUUGAGUGUUACCGCGUACAACACCUGGGUUUACUACAAGCAGAAGUUUGACGAUUACAACACAAAAUAUGCCAUCAUCCCUUAUGUACUUUAA